AGAUGGCUGAAAUUAAGAGAUGAAUUGGACGCUUCAGCUAGAUCUGACUAUAUGCGUCUCGACGUUUCUCUAAAGAACCUCCCUUCUACGCUUGAUAGUGCUGAGAUGAUCAGCGAUUACCGUAACCUGGUGAUUUCCCAGCCAGGCAGUGCUAGAUCGGCCCGUGAUGUUGCGACCGCUCUUCUGGUGGCCAGAUUUUACUUUACAUUAGACAGGACACCGGACCGCAUACCAGGAUCUACAUUCUCCUGGUGUCAUGGUGUGAUCAAAUGCAAAGGAAAUGCCUCUGAGAUAAUUGAAGCUAUUCAGCACUUAUACCCCGAUGACCUGGAAUUCGCUACCGACAAAGGACAUCUCACCAGCUUCGGCCUUGAGGGUAUCUGUAAAGCCUGUGGAAGAUACUCACAGCCGGUGUCGAUUCUGAUUCAUCAUCCAGAUCAGGUGAUAAACAUCUAUUUGCGUAUCAACAAGCACAGAAAAUGGAGUAUCAGUGGCUUCCCGAAUAAGAUUUCAUGGCAUAUUAAGGUACAGCAUUUACAAAGUGGCUUUGGACGACCCGACCAUGGAUACCCCUCGAUUCUACCAUGUGCCAACUGCUCUAAUGAGACCAGGGUAUCGUGGCGUAAGAAGCACUCCUUGUCACAUCCAGGCGAAGCGGAACAAAGGAAUAAGAAACCUCGCCUAUAA